ACUAUCAUAAUUGUAAUCUGCAGUAAAUUAAUGCAAUUGACCAGACAUGCUUUCCCCUCCUCUCAGCAUAGAAACCACAGCAGACAACAGGCUCUUGUAUAAAGCUAGCCCACAGAGCUCACUACAACAGUACCAGGUCUACAGCCUUAGCAGGAUCAUGUCACUUCUUCUCCUUCAGCUGCUAGUGCUCACGUGUCUUGGAGCCAUGGAGCCGCAGCCAGAUUCACAGCAACGGAAAAGAAGGCCACUUCAGCGCCUUUUCUACUUGGACAGACAUCUACUUGGAAGUCAGAGUUUUCAUGAGCUGGUUGGGGAAAACCCAGUAGGUGUUAAGGAAACACAGAAAGAACCAAGCUUUUUUGUAGCAUUUCCACAGACAGCAGGAGAGAGUCAGAAGCAAGGGGAGAAAAAAAUGUCCAGAUUCAUCCUUCCUAGUGCAGAACUCUAUGCACAUCAAGAUCAGAGGGCCUGGGCAGCACCCAGAGAGAUCCCUCCUGUGGAAAACUUCUCUCCAUCCCACUAUUCCAGCAGGAGUGAGGUUGAACCUCGCUAUAGAAAAGAUGCCAAGAAAUUUUGGAACCAUUUCAUGUUAAGGAAAAACGCAGCUUCUGAAGAGGUUGUCCUGCCAAUCAAGACCAAUGAAAUGCACCAAGAAACCUGCAGAACCCUGCCUUUUUCCCAGAGUGUUGCUCAUGAGAGCUGUGAGAAGGUGAUGGUCCAGAAUAAUCUAUGUUUUGGCAAGUGUAGUUCCUUUCAUGUUCCUGGUCCAGACGAUGGUCUUUAUACCUUUUGUUCUAAGUGCCUGCCCACCAAGUUUUCCAUGAAGCGCUUGGAUCUCAACUGCACCAGUUCUGUCCCAGUGGUCAAAGAAGUCAUGAUUGUGGAAGAGUGUAACUGUGGGACUCAGAAGAUAAAAGAUCCUCUGCUUGGAUCUCUACAGUCAGAUUUUCUUGGAAAUGUACCUGAGCACAAUUAAACCAUUCAAGAGAACCAUUCGAAGGGAGGACCUAUAUUUCCAAUAAGAUCACAAGGCAAUGAAAAUGAAAAAACUUCCAGUCUCAUAAUUUUGACAUGUCUGUCUGCUAAACUAACAUUUACACAUAAAAAUGGCAGAACUGAAGCUAUAUUUUGGACUGUAGAGUGUUCAACUUAGUUUUUAAAGCUCUUUCUGUGUGCUGAAGAUUACUGUAAUCACAGAAAUCUAUUCAUGUGAGGAGUCUGCCGGACUAGAUUCUUAGUGUGAAUUUGCACAGCUUAAAAGUAGGUGAAAAGAGGUAAUGACAGCUGUAGUAAUUGCUAAUUAGAUUAGUGCUGUAGUUUUUUUGGAUGAAUGUUUAAUUAACCCAGCAAUGACUGGUUGCAUGUAAUUAGCACAGCAUUCUGCAAAAUCAAGAAUGUGUUAAUUGGAUCAGAUUUCUCCGCCUCUAAAAUUUCUUAUUAGGAGUAACCUGUGCCUGGAGGCUAACAGGAUUUUGUUCUCUCAGCACGACUAUGACGGCCUCUGCUAGUACAAUGACAUGGGUCAGAAAGGUGAGGGGUUACACCCUUAUCAAUAUAUGGGUUCAUGUUCUGGUAAUGCUAUUGUAGCAGCAAGCCUGCAUGACUUCUGUCUAGCUGCAUCCAUUCAGCUACUGCAUGCUUCAUGUAAUGAAUGUUUUUCCCACUGUAACUGCUUACAGUGGAAGUUCCUAGUGCAAACCAACCUCACAGAGCAAGACAAAGCUAUAGUUACAAAACUGUCUGAACUUUUGCACUUUUGCUGUUUAUUUGACCUACCAGACGUUUUCCAAAUGGAUGCAGAGUUUAUGUUCCUUACCUUGGAAAUAACUGAGGAAAAGUGCUGUUUAUUCUCAAUGCCUGAGGAAAGUAUAUCUUCACUAUAUGCUAUUCUCUUGUGUGAGGAUUUCAUGAGACUGGCAUUAAUGCCUGUAAUUACAUCAAACACCAGAGGGUAGCUCUUAAUGAAUUUCAUCCCACCAUAAUUUCCAGGAAAUCAACUCUGAAGUUGCCCUCAGUACUUUGUGCUUGGUACUUUGUCCACCAUGCUUAUGAAAUAUUCACAGCUAACAUCAUGGCUGUCAGCUAGCAAGCUUCAGCAUGUUUUACUGACAGGUGGUGAAAUCCCAUGAAACAUUUUCGCCCAAACUUCCCAGCUCCUCACUGCAAUAGAAAGACAAUGAGAUUCCUUGCUCCAGGAGGCACUGCCUGCCAGUCUGUACAACUGCAUAAUCACGUUGUGCGAGGGAACAGAAUGUGCGCUGUGCAGGAGGCUGCAAAGGAAGAGGAGUGGGAUUGAGGCUACGUGGGGUCCUCCAUCAGCAGGUCUGCAUUUUGAGACUUUGCUAGUGGAAACAGCAAGCACAUACUGAUAGUGAAUUAUAAAUAUUUUACAUUUGAUAUUUUGCUAAGCCUAUCUCCUUGGGUAUCUGGUAGGCAGAUAUCAACUUCAGCUCCCUUUAAGGCUCACCCUGGCAGUUGUCAGCACUUAGUUUGCUCAAAUGAGAAAGAAUGGGGACAAGAUAAGUGGACCUGUACUUGGCCCACUCCAAGAAUAUUGCCAAAAACAUUAAUUCUCCCUACUGAGAACAAAGUCAUCCUGUUUACAGUGCCCCAUGUUCCAUGGUACCAGCAAAAUGCAUUUCAACUCAAACAAUGAAAAAUGGAUCAAAAUCUAAAAUGAAUUUUUUAAAAAGGCAAAAAAAAUAAAAUCUGAGGCAUUUUUGUUUUGUUGGUUUAGGGUUUUGUUAUUACCAGCCAUUUACACUCUUUUGAAGUUGGUUCAAACUCACCUUGCACUGUAAUAUAGAGGAAUUUGACCAUACUGUUAUUCUGCCUGGACUUCCAACACUAAACCCUGGAGGGAGAGAGGAGUUAAAAGACCUGUUGUCCAUACUUCUACAGCAGGACAUGAGGGGAAAAGAGCUCCUUGUGCCUUUUGGAGGGCCUUGGAUGAAAAUAAACUAAAUUACACUACUGCUUGCUCUACUGUAGCCCCCAUGUAACCUCUCUGGGCCGGUGGAUGAGUAGAUUUCACCAUGUCUGCCACUGAGGCAGAUGGAUCACAAAGUGUACCUUGCCCUUGAUUUCUCUGGUAAUUAGGCCAAAUAGCAAGAGCGCGAAUGGAGUCCAAGAGCUAUUUUCCUUUAAAUUGACUAAUGAUCCAUCCUCAGUAUGUGACAUUAGGACUGACAAAACUUCUGGGCAAGGCUCAGGACUGAUUUCAUUUCCUGACUGUGGCAUGUCAUUAAUGCAGACCUCUGUUAUGUGUCAGUAAUAUGAUUACGUGAAUAUGAAUGGUUAUGUGGUCCUUCAUGACAGAAAGAAUUUGUCUCUGAUUCUAGAGCUAACAAAAGCCUUCUAUAUAUGUUAGCAACGUUUACAUGGAAGUGAGCAACAAAAGUGUUGCCAAAGAAAAAAGUGGCGCUAACAAACAGAACAAUUCAGAAGGAUCCAGGAAGACAGGUACAAUUGAGAAGGUGAAUUUCUCAACCCAGGAGAUAUUUGUGCACAGACAGCCUUCCAGACAUUGAUCAAAGGGCACAACUGGGCACAGAAUGAAUCCUGAAACACAGCCUCAUGAAGCAAGGGACUUGUAAGCAGUAGGAGUCCAGGGAGACAUAGUGCAUACCUCUCUCCUGGAUGUGCGCUCCAUAACAGAGCAUCAGCUGUUACCGCACACGGCUUGAUUUUAGCAUGCUGAUUUAAU